UGGGUAUAUGUAGCUGUGUGUAAUCACCCUUUUACUGCACAUAUCAUGUCACACCUGAAGCUGAGGCAUCAAGUUUCAGCUUGUGCUGCAGCCAUAGUUCCCACCACCUUCACCACCACCACCACCAUCUCUCACAAAACUCUCCACCCUAUUGAAUAUCCUAAAGCCACACUUCCUCCAUUCUCACCCAACCCCAAGCACCCACAACACUUGCUCUCCCUUCUCCUCAAAGACCCAUCUCACCUCCAAGCUGUUCACCAAGUCCACUCUCACAUCACCACCUCUGGCCUCUUCCACCACCCUUUCCACAACACCUCAACCUCCUUACUUCUCUUCAACAAUAUCAUCCGUUGCUACUCCCUCAGCCCCUUCCCCCACCAAGCAAUUCACUUCUCCAUCCACACGCUCAACCACUCCAGCACCUUCUUCACGUACUCUUCCCUUGAUACAUUCACCUUCGCGUUCCUUUCGCAAGCCUGCGCCUACUCGAACUGCACCCGCUUCGGGAUUCAGCUCCAUGCACUCGUUUUCAAGGUGGGUUUUCAGUUUCAUGUCUAUGUUCAAACUGGGUUGCUGCAAAUGUACUCCAUUGGGGGCCUCUUAGUUGAAGCUGCCCAGGUGUUCGAUGAAAUGCCGCAUAGAAGUACUGUCACUUGGAAUGUUUUUAUCAAUGGGUUGGUUAAAUGGGGUGAGGUUGAGCUUGCUCUUUCUGUGUUUGAUCGAAUGCGGGAUCGGAGUGUGGUGUCGUGGACUCUUGUUAUUGACGCAUACACUCGCAUGAAUCAGCCUAUGAAAGCUUUAGCUUUGUUUAGGAAAAUGGUGGAAGUUGAUGGUAUAGAGCCUACUGAAGUUACCCUUUUGACUAUUUUUCCAGCUAUUGCGAACCUUGGUUAUAUUAAGCUAUGCCAAUCAGUUCAUGGCUAUGCAGAGAAAAGGGGGUUCAAUGUCAUUGAUAUACGCAUUACUAAUGCACUAAUUGAUCUGUAUGCAAAGUGUGGGUGCAUAGAAAGCGCGAGUAGAUUUUUCCAGGAGAUACCUGACUGGAGGAAGAAUUUGGUUUCAUGGAAUUCACUUAUAUCUGGUUUUGCUAUGAACGGGAUGGCGAGGGAAGCUGUGGAGAAUUUUGAAAACAUGGAGAAGGCUGGGCUGAGGCCAAACCAUGUGGCAUUCCUGAGUGUUUUGAGUGCCUGCAGUCAUGGAGGGUUGGUUGAGGAGGGGCUCAAGUUUUUCAACAAAAUGGUGAAUGAUUGUCAAAUUGUGCCAGAUAUCAGGCACUAUGGUUGUGUGGUGGAUAUGUUGGGGAGGGCUGGGAGGUUAGAAGAAGCUGAAAAGGUUGCUCUGCAGGUGCCUCAUGAGGUUGCCAAUGAUGUAAUAUGGAGGACACUUCUGGGUGCUUGUAGUGUUCAUAAUAAUGUUGAGAUUGGACAGAGGGUGACUGAGAAAAUACUGGAGAUCGAAAAAGGACACGGUGGGGAUUAUGUUCUUAUGUCUAAUAUUUUUGUUGGUGUUGGGAGAUAUAAGGAUGCUGAAAGAUUAAGGGAAGUGAUAGAUGAGAGAAUUGCCAUUAAAAUUCCUGGCUACAGUUUACUCUAAAUGGUAUAUAAAUAAUAAUGUUGGUGAUACAUUUGAAACAGAUUGAUCACUUUCUGCCUUUCUUGCUUGGAGAGAGGUGGUAUUGAAACUGUGAACAUCGGGGAAGUUCCCUUUUAGGGCCACUCAUAACUAGGCCAAAGGCAUAUAUGCAGGGCACUGCUCUUUGCUUCAGAUAUUCUGGACGAGCUCAAAUCAUCAAAUUGCGGUAACACUUAUUGCCAAUUACUUUGUCCUUCGAGAAAUCUUGUGUCCAGAUGCACAUGAAAAGCUAAUAAAUAUUAUUUAAACUUGUAUAGAUAAACAUUCUAAAUAUGAUUUGUCCCAGAGCAUCAGGUUCAAUAAAAGAAAUACGUCACACUGUAACAAUGUUUGAUAUGCUUUGUAGGUUGUAUCUGUAACUUAUUCAUCAUGUAGUUUUAGAUUUCAAUAUGCAUUACACUAGUUUCCUUUUGAUUUCCCAGUUCCCUGUCUUGAUUUGGAGAAUUUGAAAAUGUUCUCUUUUUGAAGUUUGAACCCAACGCACGUUAAAACUGUUGAAAGAAAUUGCCCAGCUGUCAGUGUUUUAUUUGUUUCAUUUUAUCUGUUUUAGAUAGAGUCGAGAAGUUAAGUUUUCUGGUCUUUAGGAGUUAGUUGCUACAUUCUGAAGGUUGUAUCAGUCGUUUGUUCGUUUUUUUGUCACCGAACGCUGCCUCAGCCGGAGCUGGAUAUCGCAUCAUCGA